AUGUGGUUGUUGCAAGCUGUCAUCGCACAUCCGGUAUGGGUGCUAGGCGGGGUGGGCGUAUUGUAUGCGUUAGGGCUGGCCAUCUACCGACUUUGCCUGUCCCCGAUUGCCCAUUUCCCUGGUCCCAAACUCGCCGCACUGACGAUGUGGUAUGAGUUCUACUAUGAUUCUUAUCUCGGGGGUCAGUAUACCUUUCGCAUUCAAGAGAUGCACCGCAAAUAUGGCCCCAUCGUCCGCAUCAGUCCCUACGAGUUGCAUAUCGACGACCCCGAGUACUACGAUACGCUCUAUGCCCGCGAUGCGCCACGCAACAAGUAUGUCCAUCUCGUCGGUAUGUUCGGCGCCCCUGACUCGGCCUUUGGGACCGUCGAUCACCGGCUGCACCGCAUGCGACGCCAGCCCAUGAACCCUUUCUUCUCUCAGCAGCGCAUCCGCCAGCUGGAGCCCAUGCUCCGGGGCAUGGUGGACAAGCUCGUCUCGGGUAUGAUCGGGUUCAUGGAGAGAAAGAGUGCGUUGCCCGUCUACCAUGCCUUCAAUGCGUUCACCACCGAUGUGGUCGCCGAAUACACCCUGGGCGAAUCUUUCCAUUAUCUCGACGACCCCGAAUUCAGUCCCCAAUGGUCCCGGACCAUGCAGGCCAUCGUCAAGGCUGGUACCCAGUUCAAGCAGUUUCGGUGGUUGAUGGCGUUGUUCGAGGCCUUGCCCCGGUGGCUGGUGCUCAUCUUUGACCCGGAUCUCGUUCCCGUUAUUGACCAGAAGUUCGAGAGCAUCCGCUUGGCAAACUUGGUAAUUGAUAGCAAAAAGGCCGACGGGAAGAACAAGAGCCAGGCUCAUGUGCCUAAGGACACCCUAUUCCACGCACUGAUCGACAGCAACCUGCCCGCCGAGGAGAAGGGAGCUGAUCGUCUCAGCCAAGAGGUGUUUACCGUCAUGGCGGCCGGAGGCGAAACGACGGCGAAGAACCUGUCCUUCCUCACUUUCUAUUUACUAAAUAACCCUUCAAAAUUGCAAAAGCUGCGGGAUGAGCUGAAUGAACUGGAUCCGAAUCGCACGGCCACUAUCGUGGAAUUAGAGUCAAUGCCCUACCUGACUUCUGUGAUGCUUGAGGGCCUAAGAAUUACUAAUGCGGUGGCCACUCGACUACAACGAAGCUCGCCGGAUUCGACCAUGCAGUAUAAAGAAUGGGUUAUUCCUCCCGGGGUCCCGGUUGGCAUGACCAGCCUACUCCUUCAUUUUAACGAAGAUACUUUCACCGACCCUCAUAGUUUCAUUCCAGAACGCUGGAUGGAUCCCGCUCAGCGCAGGCACCUUGAAAAGUACCUAGUGGCCUUCAGCAAAGGAACGAGACAGUGCAUUGGAAUUCCUCUCGCCCGUGCUGAAAUCCUCAUGGGACUGUCAACCCUCUUCAGAGAUUUCGAAAUGGAACUCUACGACACCACGAUCGAGGAUGUCCGCAUCGUGCGCGAUAUGUUCAAUGGCCACCCCUAUGAGGGAAGUAAGGGAGUGCAAGUCAUGAUCAAGGAUUACCACGGCCCGCCCAUCCCAAAAAAAGGAGAGUGA